AUGAUGUUGUCACUUCUUUUAACAGCUACCGUACUGGGUCAACUUUCGUCUGCUUGUAUUUCUAUUACACCUUCUACUGGAACUUCAUAUGGCUCUUAUGCCUCUUAUUUGAAUCCAGCUGCUCAGGUUGUAGCACCUCAACCUGUUCUACUACCACAGCAGGCUGUGGCUCCCCAGCCAAUAACUUUAUUCCAACCACCUCCUUUCGGUGUGGCAAAUGCACAACCAAUUUUUCCUAAUGCUGUACAAGUACAGCCAGUUAUCAAUUCACCUUCAUUUUCAAAUCCGGUAGUAAGUAUGCAGUUGAUACCGCAAUCAAACCUCUUGCCACAACCCUCACCUCUCUCACAAAAUUCGGCGCCUGCACAAGUCAACCCACAAAGCACAAGCCCUCUUGAUCAGGGUGAUUCCUCUGUUCCUCAACAAAGAGAGCAGUCUCAACAGCCACAACAACGACAGCAAAGCGAUAGAAACAAGGAUCGUAUAAAAGGGAAGAAGAAGCAGAACAGUGAUGACUACUACUAUUAUUAUCCUGAAGCUCCUCAAGGACAGGGAGAAGGAACUGACGAUAUAGCAUACUACGACACGCAUGGAAGUCAAACGAAUAAUCAACAACAGACAGGGGAACAGCAGACGCAGGUACAGCACACAAACAAUAAUGGGCCUGGAGAACAGAGUCAGAACACACGGAACGUUUGCCCAAGUCCUGUAGAGGAGGAAGUCACAUUCUUUGUCCCAUACAAUGCCCAAAGUCUACCAACUUACGGUCAGCUCGGACCAAAAAACACUGAAAACCUCAUAACAAUCAUCCCCACUGCAAGAUGCAUGGAAGCAGGUCGUCAUUGUGGCGUGUUUCUACUCCUCGUAGCAUCUCGUCCCUCAUUAACAUCAGAUUUGGUAUCUUCCACAUCAGAAGGGAUUCGAUAUAGGGACAUGAUAGAAGAAGGCCAAUUUAUUUCUUUCUCUAAUCAUGUGUACGUGCCUAUUAAAGGACUAUCGUGCAAUUCAUGCAGAGAUCUGUUCUGUAGACCUCGCUGA